AUGGCGACAGAAACCGCAUCGUCUCUCCCACCCGACUUGUUCGACCAAACCACAAUCAUCUCUCUCCUAUCGACUCUUGCCAUCGUCUUCGUCGCAUACGUCGCCUCCCUCAAGUUCCUUCCCUCUUCAUCCUCUGGAACUCUCCGCUUCCUGUUCAUCUGGCAUCUCGCCGAUGCGCUGUGCCAUUUCCUCCUCGAGGGAAGUUUCUUGUACCACUGCUUCUUCUCACACCAGCCGCUCCUCGACGAUGCGAAGACAGACCUGUUUCCCACACCCGAAGGGUUUCUAGGAUACAACGAUCGUGUGUACGGUGCACAGUCGGGUGGAGAUAAUCCCUUUGCUAUGCUGUGGAUGGUGUAUGCGAAGGCGGAUAAGAGAUGGGCUGGCGUGGACUUGGCGGUCGUGAGCUUGGAGUUGUUGACUGUGUUUUUUGACGGCCCAUUGGCUGUUUACGUUUGUUACUGUCUGGCGAAGAAGGACCCCAAGGUCAGCAUCUGGAUGAUCAUCCUGGCUACUUGCGAGUUGUACGGAGGCUUUAUGACUUUCUGCCCCGAGUGGCUUGUUGGAAGUCCUAACCUCGACACAAGCAACUUUAUGUACCUCUGGCUCUACCUAUUCUUCUUCAACACCCUCUGGGUUUGGAUCCCCCUCUGGAUCAUUUGGUACUCAGUCAAGGAUAUCUCGAACGCUUUGACUGUGCGCCAAGGGAAGAAGAACUUGUAA